GUGGCCAUGAAUGGCCAUGGCACACCUAGAUGGCACUAACGUUGGCGCCCACAUAAAUGACAACUUGAAAGCAGAGGGAGGAGACCCGUCUUCACCUAAGAGACCCAGUGACUGUUCCCUGUGGACACAGUUUCUGUUUGAACUGCAUUAAAGGCUGCUGGAAUCAAGAAGACCAGAAGGGUGUUUACAGCUGCCCCCAGUGCAGAGAGACCUUCACUCCAAGGCCUGUACUACGCAGAAACACAAUAAUGGCUAAUGUUAUGGAGAAACUGAAGGCGGCUGAUCUAACUGUUGCUAAGGCUUCUUGCUACACUGGACCAGACGAUGUGGAGUGUGAUUUCUGCACUGGGAGAAAACAUAAAGCCAUCAAGUCGUGUCUAACGUGCAUGGUUUCCUAUUGUGAAGUUCAUAUUCAGCCUCACUAUGAGGUGCCUGGACUAAGCAGACAUCAGCUGGUCAAUGCCACUUCACAGCUACAGGAGAAGAUCUGCUCUCGGCACAACAGGAUCAUUGAGGUGUUUUGUCGCACGGAUCACAAGUUAAUCUGUCUGUUGUGUUUGAUGGAAAACCACAAUGGACAUGAAACGGUUUCUGCUGUUGCAGAGCAAACUCAUAAGCAGAAUUUGUUACUGCAGAUGAAGGAAUGUAACCAGUGGCAUGUCCUGCAGAAGGAGAAGGACGUGGAGGAGGUGAAACAGGCUCUGGUCUCUCUGCAGGCUUCAGCACGGACAGCUGUUGAGGACAUGGACACGAUUUUCACUCAGCUAAUCAGCUUCAUGGAGCAAAAAUGUUUUGAGGGGAAGGUGUUAAUCAGAGCCCAGGAGAGGGCAGAGGUGAGUCGAUCUGAAGGACUCCUGGAGCAGCUGGAGUUGGAGAUCACUAAACUGAAGAGCAUAGAUGCUGAGAUGAAGCAACUUCAGCCAACAGAGGACCCCAUUGAUUUCCUCCAGAGGUUCCAGUCACUCAUCUCCUCCCCACCUGUGGCAGAGACUGUUCCCAAGGUGACUUUUGAACCACGGUUCUCCUUCUGUGAAGUGAUGAAAUUAGUGUCUCCAGCUCUGAAGGAGAAGACUAAGGAGUUCCACCAAGCAAUACACAAUGUCACAGGCUUCAUGAAGGGGGACCGGGUCAAAUUGAAGGCCCCUGAAGAUGUCCGCACGGGGAACAGUGGCUGCAGAGUCCUCGAUUACGUCACGGUCAGAAGUGAGGGGGUGAUAAGAUAUAUCAGAGAGUCAGAUGUGACUGUAGACUUCCUUGAAGUUCCUGCCUGGAAUGGUAAUGUGUCAAAGAUUAAUCUGGUACUCUGAUACAUAAUUUAUUUAUAACUUGUAUUACAAUUUCAUUGUCAUUAUUUUAUUUCAUUUCAGUUUAUUUAAUAAAAGUAUAUCAUUUUUGCCAUACACAAGAGGGGGACUUAACACCUAUAAUGUCCAUAUACUUGUUUUCCCCCUGAAGGAUGUGUGCCUUAAUAAAAAACUUGAAUUAUUGAUAAAUAAGUGUUAAUAAAUAAUUGACAUCAUUAAUGCGUUCUAUUAAACUCUGUGAUCACCAGAAUCAAUAAAGGUUUUG